CCGCCAAGUUCCCUGCCCGCUCCUCCUUCAGCUCCCAGCCGUCGAAGCUCUCUGCGCGCAGGGGCUUCCCAGCCAUGGCAGCGCCCGCCUCCCUGCUCCCAACGUCGUGCCCAGCUGCCUCUCUCUCUCCCUCAGCGCGCCUCCCCUGCAUCGCGCGCUCCCUGCUCCAAGCUUGCCGUCAAAGCUCCCCUGUCGCGCCCUUGGCUCGGCUCUGCGCGCCGCGCGCUGCUUUCCGAGCUCGCCCAAAUCAGACAGUGCCUUCUCUGCUCCUCCCCGUCUCCUUCCUCUACCUCCAGCUGCUUUCCCAUGGCCGGCGUAUGGCUUCGCGGUCGCCCAAUCUCCCUACUCGGUUCCUGCCGGUGCUCAGCUCCUGUUUGACCCGCUGCGCGGUUCUUCCCCACGACAUCGUUUUCCCUGCGUUCGCUCGGCCCUGAAGUUCCCUGGCGCUCGCCCAGCUCAGAUUUCGUUGCGCACUCCUUAGUUCGACACCUGAUGCUUCUCCAUGGAUGGCCGAUGCUGCUCCAUCGGUUCGCGCUCGUCGCGCACAUGGCCGGAGCUCUUCCCUGCGUCGUGUGCGUUCCGUCAUCCUUGCUGUGACUUCGCGUCGUGAAGUUUCCCUGCACGCGUCGAGCUCCCGCGCCGAAUCCAGCCCCAUGUUGAUGCGUCUCUAUUCCAACUUGUCAGCCACGGCCUCGCCUUGGUCUAUGCUGCAGCCCACCGUCAAAAUCGUCGGAGUCGCUCAACUCGCCAAUCGCAUCUUGGCCGGUCGUCGAUUUCUUUUUCGCCAUAGUACAACACCGUUGUUGUUAGAUCCGGUCUCCAACCCGCCAUGGCGCUUGCCGGACUUUGCCGGUGAAGUUUGUCGUCGUCCUCUGGUCCCAGCCCGACCCAUCCGUGCACUCGCUCCUCAUCCAUCGAGCUUCGCGCGUGCUCUUGUUUGUGGUCGAGCUGCUGAACUCGUCCUUCCUUGUUCCUGACUUCAUCGUCGCCAGAGUCCUCACUGGAUUUGUGUCCUCGUCAGCUAGCUCCAAGCCCGAUCUCGUCGUCGUUCUGUACGUCAUCAAGAAAUCCCAAGAAUCAGGUGAAGACGAAGCUAGCCGGGUGAUAUUCACCAAGUGCUCGACAAAAGCUCGAACAAGUCGUCGAUCACCAUCCUCAUCUACGUCAAGCCCCAAGCCGUGAAGACACUCUUAUGCUGGCCACGCGUCACCAGCUCGAUAAAAAGGAAUCCCAUGGGUAUCUGGUCAAGAAUAGAAACUGUGUGCCUCGCUCAUCAGACGUGUGUGAUCAAUGACGUCAACCGGAAACCGUCAUCGUGCUUCCGACUAUCGCGUCGAAUUAGUCAGGGUAAGCAAAUUUGUUAUUCGUGCUAGUGGAUUGAUGAAUGGUUUGACUAGGUAUAAUAUUUAUUAGAUUGUCUGAGUCGCUUUGGUAAUUUGAUCGAUGUCGUAGGAUGAAAGAGGUCGCAAUAGGUCCUAGUGCUUGCGGGAUUGCAGGUGUUAAAAAUGUGAUGUUUUAUUAAUAUAUAUGUGAUACACAGGUU